ACAGGGGUAUAUAAGAGCCCAGCAUCUAGAACUUUCUGUGCAUCUUGUACUCCACCGACUGCCACAAUCAUCGCAUCCUCAGAGAUGAAAUUGGUAUUGCUCUUCUUGUCGGCCUUCGUGGCCUUCUCCCAUCAACAAUUUCAACAUCCACGGGGACUAGUUUGGAUAUCACCGUACACCCAAUCCCAACAGCCGAUCCUCCAUGAGUAUCAGCAAGCACUCUAUUACCGACCGAACGAAGAUGUCGAUGGUCGAGCAGCACUUCGCAGACGUUAUAGGCCUCAAUCUUUCCCCAUCAGCUAUUUACAGAAUGAGGAGUUUGCGACCAUCAGUCAAGACGUUGGUGAAGAGGACGGAGUAGGAGGAGAGUCAAAGAUUAGAGGCGUCGAUCAUGGGGAACGUUUGCUGUACAGUAGCAUCAUCAACAAUCCAUUUUACAAAACAGCUACGUUUACAAUCACCUCAACUGUGACGACUCUCGGUUCUAUCGUCCGUUGUGUUCCAGCCAAUAAUCUCGCUGCCGUUCCAGCACCUAACUGUUCUGGCCGCAAGAAACGUGAACUGGAAGACGACAAUCAGUUUCCCAUCGUUCCAUCCGAAACCCUGAGUUUAAUGCCAACGGCCGUCCCGUCCGCGGACAAAGGUGUGGCAUUGGAUGCCACCGAUCAACCGAAUUCUCGAGGCUUGUUCUCUUCCAAAGACGAAGCUGCUGAUUCUUCUGAAAGCUCAAUGGAAGACGAACAGAAAGAUCCUUUGAGAGAGAAACGAUUUUUCGGAGGUGGAGGAGCUGCUUCGACAACAUUAACGUCCUAUUCGUUUGUUGGGGCCACAGCUACCAGCACCGUUUUGUUAGACCCAACAGGAAUGAACGUUGCCGUUUGCAUACCAGCUGGCUACGUUGUUUGCUGAUGAAUGAUUUAAAGGCCUGCCUAGAAAUAGCAUAAACGCUCUCCAGUUUUUGUUGAAGCUUCGUAGUUAGGCGCAUCAGGUGUUGGGCUUUAUUUAAAUACAAUUUUUUUGAG